AUGUUGUUACGGUUGCUACUAGGGUUGCUGUGUUUGUUUGCACUAGGAAGUAGCGAGACGCAGCGGCCAGUGCCACGACGUGACGCUAAAUAUCCUCCACCGGAGACACUUGCCUUCCUGAAACCGCACGGUGAGCAGUGCGAGAAAGAAACCGGCGUUACUAGGGCUGCGAUCAAGCGCUUUAGCGAUGAGGACAUCUUCGAGGAUGAUCGUGCACUGAAGUGCUACAUGGAUUGUAUGUUCCGGGUGACGAACGUGACCGACGAUCGGGGUGAACUGCACAUGCUUAAGCUGCUGGAAUAUGUACCACCGGAGUUUGAAGAUAUCGCGCUGCGGAUGGGCGUAAGGUGUACACGCCCGAAAGGAAAGGACGUGUGUGAGAGAGCCUUUUGGUUUCACAAGUGCUGGAAAAUAUCUAACCCCGUGUACUACUAUCUGGCGUGA